UGACAAAAUAAAAACGGAAACGCGGGAGUUGUCGUAAAAUUUGUAUUAGAUAACAAAAGUUUACAGAGAAGUCACCAAUCUACACGACAUGGAUAUAGAUAAAAGUGCUGAAAGUUUAAAAUCGAUGCAUGUUUUACUGGAGGAUACCGCCUCAGAAUCCUGAUAUGGACGGACUUGUGCGUCGCUCCUCCCGGCGAAUAAGAGAGAGACAAAACUACGAAAAGAAAGAGAUCGUAUCCCCUAAAGGUCCUGCAUAUAGUUCUGAGGUAACCAGAACAUUUGUCAAAAGAAAGAGAAGUGUAUCGGAGAAAGACAAAAAGGUUCAAAAGACGAAAGUCCCAAAUGAAGCACAUUUUAAUAAAACUGAUGAAGGUUAUCGUGAGGGUUUGUCUGAGUAUGAACUGAAACGUCAAGAGACCAUCAGACAAAACCAAGCUUUCCUCAAUUCUCUUAAUCUGUGUCAGAUCUCUCCUGCUCUGACUCUGAGACCAACGCAAAGCCAGAAAAAGGAAAAGAAGGUAACUGAGUUGCUUCAUGUUCGCAAGUCACUACGAUUACAGAAUAAGGAUGGUUUGACACCUCUUACUCUGAAAGUAAUGGCAGAUGUCAAGAAAGAACCUGAAGAACAUAUUGAAAAACCUCCUGGACCAAUACCAUUAGAUCCACUCAACCUGGAUGAACAUGUCAGGCUUCCUGAAGAUUUGUUAAAAAUCUGGAAUGAGUGCCCAAUAAAACAAAAGACAGAAACAUCAGAUUUAAAAUCAUACCAAAAGAGGCUCCAGGAGAUGUCUAUAGAUGACAGCGGUGUGCUGAAAGUUGUUAGAGAUCGAAUCAUUUCAGCAGCUUUUCACCCUGCCUCCUCCAGCUUGCUCAUGGCAGCAGGGAGCAUCUGGGGCCAACUAGGACUGUUGAAGAUGGGCGCUAAGUGGGGUGAUGGUGGCAUACUUCUCUUUGAGCCUCAUUCUAAAGCAAUUUCCUGCAUGGCCUUCUCAUCUCAGCCUUCCAACCUCAUCACAGUAAGCUAUGAUGGCUCCGCACGCAGCAUGGACCUGGAGAAGGCUGUAUUUGAUGAGCUAUAUCGCUCAGCCUUUGGGUUGAAAAGUUUUGAUUUUGUGUCAAGUGACCACUCCACUCUACUAAUUGGUGACUGGAGUGGAGAUGUUGCUGUUGUUGACCGUCGAACGCCAGGAACAUCAUAUGAGUCUCUGCACAGCAUGGAUACACAGACUCUGCGCUGCAUUCAUGUCCAUCCUGUGCAACAACAAUACUUUGUAGUGGCUGAGAACCGAUCAGUGCAUAUAUAUGACUUGCGCAGUCUGAAAAGAAGGAACAGUCAGGUAGUCUGUGAACUCUGCAGUUACUCUCACAGUAUCUCCAGUGCCUAUUUCUCCCCAGUCUCUGGCAACAGAGUUGUUACUACCAGCAUGGACAAUAAAAUCAGGGUGUUUAACACUUCCAAAAUGGUUUGCAGUGCUCCUCUAUUGCAAUCAAUAACGCAUAACAUGCAUACGGGGCGGUGGUUGACCAAGCUAAGUGCGAUGUGGGACCCUAAGCAGGAAGACUGUUUUGUGAUCGGCAACUUGGAUAGGUGUCGCAAAAUUCAGGUAUAUCACGAGAGUGGACGUCAACUUCACAAUUUUCAGGGUGAGCACCUGACCACAGUGUGCUCCAUCACAGCAUUUCACCCAAGCAGGAACGCUCUGCUCGGAGCCAAUUCAACUGGGAGGCUGCGUGUCUUUUCCGACCGAUACUGAAACUGUUUUAUCAAAUAGGAAAUGUUUAUUGCUCAUUUGAUUGUUGUGCCGUGUUGACAAUCUGUUCCAGUGUUUUCUUGAACAACUGCACUUCUAAUGUUGUAUGAAAUAAAAUAUUCUUGUUUUUAUUCUAGUUAAACAUCAUCCAAAUGAAAUAUCUUGGUUAUACAUGAUACUAAAGCUUAACUGUUUUUUUGUUACUGUUGUUAAUGUUAAUCACUUCAUUUGAUUUAAAACUGUUUCUUGCAUUUAUAGCAUGUACAUUAGAAUACUGCUUCAGUAUAUAUACUUUCAGUUUAUAAUCCAGUCUUUAAGU